UUUCGCCGGCUAAAAUAACAAACUUUUUUAGAGAAUAAUCGCUGAUAAACAAGUGUUCAAAUCCAGUUAAGUGCCAGUGUGGUUUUGCAUAGCGCUCCUGGUAUGACAUUCGUGUUCCAUGGUGCUGCUUGUGAAAAUAAUAAGUAUUGCCAGUGAGUUUACUCGGUAUUAGAUUGAGCAUUAUUAUUAUUAUUUACUUAUGGACGGGUCCAAAGGCAGUGAAGCAAAUGAUUCGCAGAAUGGCGUAUCCUCCGCUGCACCUACAGGAGUAGCUACCAAUCGGGAUGACGUGGUCACAGAGGAAGGAUCCAGCACAGAAUCGGAUGCCGAGAGGCUUAUUAAAGAGGCUGCGCAGACACUGGGAGCCAGGCAGACGAACCAGUGUUAUUGUGGAGGAGAACGAAUUCUAGGAAAAUUUGAAAUGCAAUGCGUCGGAUGCUAUCGCUGGUUUCAUGAGGCCUGUCUAGAUGUGACAAUACCCGCCACGCUUCCGUUCACAAUCAACUAUGCGUUUAUUUGCAAAACAUGCAAUCCCGCCGGAGUAGAGAAUUUUCAAAAAAAACAGCCCGGUUUUAGGGAAAUGUGCAUAACGGCAGUGGCUAGCCUGCAAUUUCGAUCGCGCGAAGACGGUACAAAUAAGAACAUGUUUUCCAGGGAUAAGGAGAUUAUUCCAUGGAUUGAUCGUAACUGGGAGAAUCUCACUUCUGUGCCGCGGAGAAUUAAACAGACCUGGCACUCCACCAUUCUCAAAACAAUGCAAAGAGAGGUGUCCGUUUUCCUGAACCAGGAUGACGUGUAUUUUGGCUUGGUGGACAGCGACCUGUUCCGCCUAAUGCCUCCGUAUGAUUCACAGUCGAAACUUCAACUUCUCAGGACACAAGAUCAACAGAUUGCACAGGCAGCAGCUGCUCAACAACAACAGUCUCAGGCAGGCGCAGGUGGAGCGACUGGACCAGCAAAAAGAGGCCCAAAAAGGAAGCUGCCUGAUGGACAAGGGCCUCAGUCUAACUAUGGGAGGAGUAAAGUCAAGUCGGAUUUAGUUAUGCCACGCCUUCCACCUGGGGGUUAUCCUUUAGAACAUCCAUUUAAUAAGGACGGAUUUCAUUAUUUCCUCGCGGAACCCGACCCUCACGCGCCGUUUCGACAAGAGUUUGAUGAUAGUGUUGACUGGGCUGGAAAACCCAUUCCUGGAUGGCUCUAUAGAAAGCUUGAGCCUGAAAAAGUCCUUUUAGCUAUGCAUGAUCGAGCGCCUCAACUGAAGAUAUCCGAGGAUCGACUGUCGAUCACUGGUGAAAAAGGAUACUCUAUGGUUCGUGCUACACAUGGUGUCUGUUCGGGCUCUUGGUAUUUUGAAGCCAUCAUUCAGGAGAUGCCGGAUAACUCGGCGUCACGCAUUGGGUGGGCUAUGCCAUCAGCUAAUUUACAGGCACCCCUGGGCUAUGACAAAUUCGGAUUCUCAUGGCGUAGUCGCAAAGGCACGAAGUUCCACCAGUCGAUCGGAAAGCAUUUCAGUGACACCGGCUACGGCAGAGGGGAUGUCAUUGGUUGCCUCAUACAGCUCCCAGGCCCUACACAUCCUAACGACCUGGUGAAGCUUCCAACAACUCUGAAGGAUCGACCACUGGUUAAAUUCAAGCAGUACCUUUACUACGAAGAAGCAGAUAAACCACAGCAGGCGGCGAAAACUCUCGAGCCUGUUAAGGAUGCUAAGGUUAUGUUUUUUCGUAAUGGCCGUUUGGAGGGUGUGGCAUACGAAGACAUUUUCGGCGGCAUAUACUACCCAGCGGUGUCGAUCUACAAAAAUGCAACAAUUCGAAUGAACUUCGGACCACGAUUCCGACAUUCACCCCGUGGUCUGCAGGCUAGCUCUGCGAAAUACCGUCCGAUGUCCGACGCAGUUCAUCAAAAUAUGGUUGAACAAACGAUGGCAGACAUUAUCUACCUGGUUGAAAACGAGCAACACUUCAAGGUGGAAGCACUCAAUUUCUAGUCGCCUCUGGAGGCAAUAAAUCGUGCUCUCGUUUACUCAUUGAUAUCAGAGUGACUUGUUUUUCAGGUGAACCGUUCCAUCAUCAAAAAUGAAUCACGACAAAUUAAGUAAUAUAAAGAGUGUAUGUUUUUCCCAAAAAGUGGAAAAAAGAUUCAAGAACUCUGACCAUUACGUACCUGUCGAGUGUUCCAUAUAGCGAUACAUUUGCGUAAACUCGGGAACAAAACCAACAAGAACUUUGAUGUCAUCUAACAUCAUUACCCCCUGUUUAUCACUGUGUCAUUAUGUAUAUUAAAUAAUUAUCUCCUUCUGCCUAAUAAAACCUCUUCUAGCCACGUGACAUUCA